GAAGAGAGUGCUUGGCGACGAGCAUCCUGACACGCUGACUAGCAUCGCCAACCUGGCGUCAACGUACUAGAAUCAAGGGCGGUGGAAAGAGGCAGAAGAGCUGGAGGUGCAAGUGAUGGAGACAAGGAAGAGAGUGCUUGGCGACGAGCAUCCUGACACGCUAACCAGCAUGCACAACCUUGCCUAUACACUGUGGUCGCUCUCUCGUCACAAGGAGGCUAUUGCCUUGAUGGAACCAUGCUUCCAGUUGCGUCAGCAAGUCCUCGGCGAACAACAUCCUGAUACACAAUCGUCGCUCGAGACGCUAGAUGGCUGGCGAGCAGACUUAGGCCAAGGGCCUUCCCAGCGCUAAUUGCAUUCAAGUGUGUGAACAAUGAAGAGCCUGAAGCUCAAUCAAUCAUUGAUUUGAGGGCGGUAAUAACGUUGAUGCAGUAGUAAACAUUAAAAUCUGAUAAUUCUAUAUAACUAAUUAUAGCUUUGAUG